AGAAACACUUUGUUGAUCGGAGAGGUCAAUAGAGAACGGCCAGACUGGGUUAGCUGACAGAAAGGCUACAGUCACUCAGAUAACAACUCUAAAGUUGUGGUUAAUAGAAAAGCUCACCAAAACUGCACAGCUGAAGAUUAGAAAAAUGUAGCGUGGUUUGAUGAAUCCCGAUUUCUGCUGAGGUACACAGAGGGUAAGGUCAGAAUUUGGCACCAACAGCAUAAAUCCAUGGACCCAACCUGCCUUGUGUUAGCAGACCAGGCUGGUGUAGGUGGUGUAAUGGUGGCUCCUUAUGGCUACUUCCAGCAUGAUAAUGCUCCGUGUCACAAAGUAAAAGUCGUCUCAAACUGGUUUCAUGAACAUGACAAUGAGUUCAGUGUUCUUCCGUGGCUUUUCUAAUCACCGGAUCUGAAUCCAGUAGAACCGCUUUGGGAUGUGGUAGAAUGGGAGAUUCACAGUAUAAAUUGUGUGAUGCAAUCAUGUCAACACAAACCAGAAUCUCAAACGAAUGUUUCCAACAUCUUGGGGAAGCCAUUUCACGAAGAACUGGGGCUGUUUUGUGGGAAAAGGGAGGCCCUACCCAGUACUAGCACAGGGUUCCUAAUAAAGUGCUCGGUGAUUGUAAGCUGUAUGUACUUAUCUGUUUCACUCACUUUCUGAAUUAUUAAAUAUACAGUAUUUUAAAUGUUGAAUUUGAGGUAUGGAAAGAGCAAAGUCAGGAUGCCCAGUGUUACAUGGACCAAACAUUCUCAGCAUGCUGUGACCUUUAAUCAGCUGGAGUGAGUUGCGCGCGCGCAUAGCGCUGAUUUGAAGCUACUUCAGGCGUCACAGACUUUCAACAAGCUGCUGUCAUUAAACAGCGGUUAUUUUAAACAUACCUUGUGUGAGUUUUCAGAACAGUCUAAUGGUAUAGUGGGCCAAAAAUACUGUAUUAGCAAGCAUGGGCGGACUAAACAGCAAACUAACUAGGUUAUAUAAACGAGAUAAAUAGCGUGAAAACCGAACUGUAGCUAACGCUAGACUGCUAAUACUAGUAUCGCAUUGCUAGCUAACUAGUUUAACCGACUUAUAACGAGAAUUAUCACAUAGCUAUUCAUUCAAUAUUUUCUUUAUAGUAAUUGUACAGCAACACGGAAGCAUGAAGCCGAACAUUUGGAAUGUAAAGGAUAUUUUGAACGUCCCAAUGAACUCUGUGAGUGCAAGACCAGGUAAGGGAGGUGCCACCAGUGACUACUCGAGCCUGCCUGACUCUCAGUUUCUGUUUGGGUCUCAAACCUGGCCUGAAAAUUCUCAAAGCUUUUCCCAGGAGAUAAGUGGACAGUCCAGAGGCUCUCAACAGGCCUCACAGGAGAUGUAUGAAACGAAGGUGUCAACCAACUAUCACUCCAAGCCUGUACUGUUUUGUGAUAGCAAAGUAACCAACAUUUUGGGUGGUAGAGCCAUGGGUAUUUUAGACAGAUUUGAAGAGGAGAAGAGAAAAGCUAAAGAGAUUGAAAUUCUGGUUGGAGUCCGGCAGUUGCAUGAAAGCCUGGAAAAUAUCAAAAAGACUUUUCUGAACUGUAUUGAUGGAAGUUGUGAUAUAACCCGAGCAGCAGUGGCUGAAGGAAUGGAUCAUUUCAGAAAAACAAUUCAGGAUCAUUUUGCCACCAUAAAGGAACACAUAGCAAGUCAGACUGAACUGCUAAUGAGCCAAACGCGUAAAGAGAUGGACAAUGAGACUAAGACAUCAUUAGCUCUGAAAGACUUCAGCUCACUUGUGCUCAGCCUCCAGCGGGACUUGGAAUUACUAAAAGUGGAACAAAGCAAGGCGCAGCGUCUGCUUGGAGAGAUUUUGUCUCUGCUUGGCACAAUAAUGACUGCUCGCUCCACUGGAGCUCAUCACGGACCUGUCCGAAUGAUCGACAACACUGUUCAGACAUCACCUGGUUUGGUAGCGCAGUUCUGUGUUGUUUCAGAAGAAAGGCGUUAUUAUGAAGGUCUGAAGCUGUGCAGUGAAGCAUUUAAUUUCUCAGAGGGAAGAGUAGACCAGAGUAUUUGUCCUGUUAAAAAAACAUCUCUAGAGAAACCUAACAGAGGAGCAUCUUUCCAGGCCAUAGGCACUCAGCAUUUUGAGAAGCAACGGCACAUAGGAACGGAGAGGUCUGACCCCAAUGGCUGGCAAAAGUCUUACCAUCUGCACUCCGUUACAACCAGUUCUCCAAGCCCAGUGGCUUCUAGCACUGUCACUGCUCUUGUACAGGAUCCUAAGAAUUACAUGGUUGGAAGCCCUGUACAUGUAGAACCAGUAAAGUCUUUGAACGAUACGAAUAAGAGCAAAUCAGCAACCUGGAUUGAGGUGCCCAGAGAGAAAAAAGUGCCUAAGCGAGCACAGAGAUAUCAGACCUUCAAGAAAAAGAAGAGAGCUUUGAUUCUGCCACAGAGACGCCCUAAUCAAGGGAUGACUUUGAAUAAUACGUUUGAAGAUAGUCAACAUGAUGAAGACCAAGAAAACAGGGGGUCUCAGUCAGCGGUCAGUGCCUAUCAGAAAACCAGCAAAGCUGUUUCAGAGAACCGUUUACCACUGCAGCAGCAAAGCACAACUAGACUGAUGAAUAUUAGUGAAUGUGGACAGCACCUGAAUCCUUGGUCCUGGUCCCAGAGCAGCAACAGUUCGCAGGUGACUGUGGAAUACCAGCGAGCUGAAUGGGAGACAGCGAAGCCUGAGCAAAAAGCCAAUACUAUACAGAGACCGAGAGUUACUUGGCAGCUCUUUGACUUCAUCAGUGACUCUGAUUAAUUUGAUGCGAGUUACACGAAAGAUCAUUUUAAGACACAAAGCAAUUUUUUUUUUGAUUAGGACUUGGAUCAGAAUGUUUUUGUUGUUUUUCUGUAAAACACUGGCAAAGUUUGAGUUCUUUGUAGUUCUCUAGUGCAUUUCUUCUGCUUCCCAUGCACACACAGGCAUGUUUACUGUUGCCUUACAUAAUAGCAAAAAUUAUUUCUUACUAAUUAGAACUUAUUUCCUACAUGAUUUUCGAAAUAUUUUGGUUUCUGUUGCUAGUCAAUCAAUAUUAGAGCUCAGGUCAAAGUGUGGGGGGGACGGGACCUUUUUUGUUUUGUAUUGCUAUGGAUGUACAAACAUGGCUACAGUAAUAUUUAGACAACUAAGUCACAGUGUCAGAUGUGCAACAGAACAUACGGUGCAUAAAAUAUUGUUACAAAGAAAGCAUCUCUGUAAUACAGCUGACGAAUUAAUUCAUAGCGCAUGCUUAUAUUUAAUGCAAGUGAAGAAAUCAUUAACAGAGCAUGUGAAUAUUCUCUGUAAUCUGUUACAUUCACAUGUCAUAAGAGUUGUAUACCAAAAAAAAAAAUAUAUCUCAACGAUUAUUAUUUUUUGAAAAUGCAGUUCUAAAUAGGCCAUCAGUCUACGGUCAGUCUAAGAAGAAUAAAUCGACACUUGUAUUGUAUCAACAUAUUUCACAUGUUCAGUUCAGCCUUAAGUGAAUAAAACACAACGUCCUUGUA